GGAAGCGGAAAGAGCUUGCAAAGACCGUAAACUUCCUGGUUUGCAGUCGCUCGGCUGCAGGACGAGGGAGAGAUGCUCGGCAAACAGUGAUGGGCUUGAUCUUCAGGUAGAUUGCUGCGAGCCAAAGGGCGCUCAUUUUUGCGGCACCGUCGAGAAGCCUUUCCAGAUUCCAGCUGCUGCUCACUCUUUUCCUUGGCAAAGAUGCCAUCCCGAACAAACAUUGCGGCUUCAAUCCCUAGUAGCAAAGUGAAAUAUUCCAAGCUCGCCAGUACUGAUGAAGGCUACAUCGACUUGCAGUUCAAGAAGAGCCCUCCAAAAAUCCCCUACAAGGCUAUUGCGCUGGCUACUGUGCUGUUCUUGAUUGGCACCCUUCUCAUUAUCAUUGGAGCCCUCCUCCUUGCAGGAUACAUCAGCAGGGGAGGAACAGACCGAGCUAUCCCCGUCUUGAUUAUUGGGAUCCUGGUUUUCCUUCCGGGCUUCUAUCAUUUGCGCAUUGCGUAUUUUGCUUCCAAAGGCUACCGGGGUUAUUCCUAUGAUGACAUCCCAGAUUUUGAUGACUAAGAAGAUUCUGCACUGUGGCAACUUGAUUCAAAUUGGGUCCAAGGAGCAAAAAAAAGCCUGAGCAUCUAAGUUAGCCAAUCAGGCCUGUUCUUGCACAAGGCAACUUGGCAAGUAUUGUAAACCAAUGGCAUAGUUUUUUUUGAAGAAUUUCUUUCUGAUGGAAAGAUUAGCUGAGAAAUGCAAAGCAAACGUGAGCAGCUGUCUGGGGAAACAUUUCCUCUUUUUUGAGGGGAAGUUUUUGAUGGUUAGUAAAAUGCAACUGGGCUUGUUGCCCCAUGGGAUGGGUGCACAGGUGUGAGAGAGAAAAAGAAAUUCAGGUAUUAAAUCUAUAGUAUUUCUUAUUAGGUUUUUUUUAAAAAAAGAAUAUUAUCAUUUAGAGCAAGACACCUGCAAUAUUGUAACAAGUGUGUAUCUCCUUUCUAAGGAUUACAUCUCAGUAAUAUUUUUCAGACAAAUUAAUUGGAUGGGAUCUAGCCAUUAUGGCCACUACAAGUUAACACUUGGUGCAUGACUGGGACCAGUGGAGGACAAUAGGGUUGUUUGUUGAUCCCCUCCUGGGAGCUGGCUCAGGGAAGACUUCAAAGUAAAUCAAAAGCAAAAAUACAUAAAAUCAGAUUUGUGUUUUGAAGCAGAAAAUCAAACCCAUUGCCACACAAACAUAUAAUCUCGUCUGUUCCCUGCCUCUCCUAUACAGCCUACACAGCCAAGAAAAGAAAAAAGUCAUUUCUCAGACCCUGCCAUCAUGAAUAAAGGCACUGGUGUGAUAUCCAUGGCCAGCAAACCCUUUAGUGUCACUAUCUGACCGUCUGGUUGAUGCAAAAUGCACCAGAGGUUCAUGUCGAACAGGCUGGGGUCAUUGGCAGGCCUUGCUGAGCCUCCUCCUUCACAGAGUAAGAUCGCAGGCAUGUAGCAAGUGCCACAUCAAAGGUUCCUCAGCUCUUUGUCAGUGGACUUCAGUGUGGAUAGUCAGGCAGGACCCUGCUUUGCCUCUGUUGUGGCCACUGCCUAAAUGCUAUGCAAUGUUCCUGAACCAGAUGCGUGGAAAAUCUUCUCUAUCUAUAGACAAGUUAUUCUUUGGCAUUGGGUUUUUUAAGCUGUGCGUUUAUCUCUGGAUCAUUUAACUCAAUUUUCAGCUUAGAAAGUGGAGGAAAGCUUAAGUAUGCAAUGAGAAGUUCUAAUCUGCAGUUACAGGAUAUGUAUUUAAUACAAAUAAAGACCACAUUUUGUUUGA